CGAAUGGUGACAUUGAAUCGGGCGGCUGCGUGAGAACAACAAUACCCAUCGCGAACUGAAGAGAGAGAGAGAGAGAGAGAGAGAAUUGGCGGGUGGAUGAUAGUAGGCGAUGAUGAGGUGGCUCUCUUGAGAGCGAUUCUGUCAAACACUAUCAUGCCGAUCGGCCUCCUACAGAAGAGGACAUUUCUGACGUGACUAACCAGCGAUCAAACGCGGGAUUGAACUACAGUAUCUUCACGCGCAUCCUUGUUUCGGCUUUUUGACAGGUUCAUCAUACCUGUACUUCCUCACUGUACCGAUAUGCAUCGCAUGCAAUCGUUUGCAGCUCGGCCAUUGAUCGCUGGGGCUCUUGAUCAAUACACCGCCUUGACGCUGACCGGGGUGAGACACAAAUCUCAUGGUCCGUCCGUAGAGAAGUACGGGCAGAAGCGCUUCAGCUCCGCCGAGGCGAAAGUGGCUGCUGGGCGUCUGACUGGUAAAAUAAGGGAGAAGACUCUGACUAUGAACACACUGAACCCGCAGGUGAAGGCUGUGGAGUACGCCGUGAGAGGACCCAUCGUCACCAAAGCUGGAGAAAUAGAGAGAUACUUAAAGGAGGGUGGCACAAAACCUUUCUCAGAGGUCAUCAAAGCCAAUAUUGGUGAUGCACACGCCAUGGGACAGCAACCAAUCACUUUCCUCAGACAGGUGGUGGCACUCUGCAUUUUCCCAGAGCUGAUGGACAGCCCCAGUUUCCCAGAGGAUGCGAAAUGGAGAGCACGGCGUAUCCUGCAGGGCUGCGGGGGACACAGUCUUGGGUCAUAUAGUACAAGCCCAGGCGUAGAGUACAUACGCAAAGAUAUUGCUGCUUACAUUGAACAAAGAGAUGAGGGAGUGCCUUCUAACUGGGAAAACAUUUACCUCACCACUGGAGCAAGUGAUGGCAUUAUGACUAUUCUGCGACUGCUGGUGUCUGGGAAAGGCUCUUCUCGGACUGGUGUAAUGAUCCCCAUCCCUCAGUACCCUCUCUACUCCGCUGCCAUCUCAGAGAUCAACUCCGUACAGAUCAACUACUACUUGGAUGAGGACAACUGCUGGGCUCUGGACAUCACUGAACUUCAUAGAGCCUAUCAGGCUGCCAAACAGCACUGCCAGCCACGAGUCAUUUGCAUCAUCAACCCUGGCAACCCUACUGGUCAGGUCCAGAGUAAAAAGUGCAUUGAAGAAGUCUUGCACUUUGCCUAUGAGGAGAAUCUCUUUGUUAUGUCAGAUGAGGUGUAUCAGGACAAUGUGUACGCUCCUGACUGUCAGUUUCACUCCUUCAAGAAGGUGCUAUAUGAGAUGGGUGCGGAGUACUUUAACAGUGUGGAGCUCGUCUCCUUCCAUUCCACCUCCAAAGGGUACACAGGAGAGUGUGGCUUCAGGGGUGGAUAUAUGGAGGUGGUCAACUUGGAUCCUGAAAUCAAGGUCCAGCUGGAGAAACUUUUAUCAGUGAGACUAUGUCCACCCUUGGCUGGACAGGUUGCAAUGGAUGUCAUUGUCAACCCUCCGCAACCAGAAGAGCCCUCGUUCAACCAAUUCCACCAGGAGAAAUCCGCUGUGCUGGGUGCUUUAGCAGAGAAAGCAAAGCUAACUGAGCAAAUCCUGAAUGCAGUUCCAGGAAUCAAAUGUAAUCCUGUCCAGGGGGCCAUGUACGCCUUCCCCCACAUCUUUAUCCCUCCUAAGGCAGUGGAGAAAGCCAAUGCCCUAGGAAUGCAGCCUGACAUGCUCUACUGCCUGAGGUUGCUGGAGGAGACAGGAAUCUGUGUCAUACCUGGUAGUGGCUUUGGGCAGAAAGAUGGCACAUACCAUUUCAGAAUGACAAUCCUACCACCUACAGAGAAGCUAAAGGUACUGCUUGGCAAAGUGCAAGAUUUCCAUAUCAAGUUCCUGAAAGAAUACUCUGCUCUGGAGCAGCUACAGAGAUGAGAUCUGCCCUGAUCUGGAAAGCAUAAGCUUGCCAGCUCCAGCACAUGGCUACUUAACACACUAACCCUUCAUUAAAACUGUAAAGAUAGUGGUAAAUAUCUUGCUGGGUUUUUAAUCUUCAUUUUAAAACUUGAUUUAAGGGAUUUAUAGAAACUACUGCCUUGUUUACUGAUACAUUUGGUCGAUCUGUUUUUGGGAGGUGUUUAUGUUACAUUUAAAUCAUCAAUUCUUAAACAGGGUGCACAAUCAACCUGAUCAGACACCCUUUAUCAUAAAUGAGAUUCAACAAAAAAUAUUUAAAAGUUUCCAAAUCCAGGACACUUUGGCUGUUAUUUGCACCAAAAUACAGCCCCUGAAAACAUAUUCCUGUCAUUUGUAUUUGCACAUUUAUGAAUUAUACAAAACUAUUUUGGCUGAUGCAAAUUUGCAUUUUUCACCUUUGCCAUUGUAUAUUUAAGAGGGGAAGGGGUUGUUUUGUGAAGGUACAUGUUAUAGUUCUGGACAGUUUACAAGGAGGGUAUUAUUUGAUUUUUUAUGUUGCCCUGACCAUAGUUGUACUCAUUGGCAUGCAAAGUACAUGCCAAACUUUUUAUUUAAAAUAAUAUUACAUUGUUUAAAUGAAAGAGAAGCUUCUGUUGAAGAUUGUGAAUAACAUGAUUUAUGGUGAACGCUGUAGAUGUUUGGCAGUAUGGCUUGUGGAUAACAUAAAAAGUCCAGGUUCUGGUGUAUAAUUAAUGUUUAUGCCUGUAUUUAUGACACUGCUUUAGCCAUGAAAGAAAUGUGAAAAUAAUCACUGCAGACCUCUUUGAAAGAAACCAGUUAAUUUCCUUUUUUUCUUUUCUUCAAUAUUUACAAUUUAAACGCAAGCCAUUAGGCCAGAUAUAUUUGUGUCAAAGUCUCCUCAUCUGUCAUUGCACUUUUAUAUCAAAGCCAUUAAUGGUGAAUGAAUAUUGUUAAUGCAGCACUGUUCUUUUAAGCUUAAUCAAGUGAUCAUCAUGUCACUUCAUGUGAGGUGCCUUCACUCAUGCCUGUGAGUUUUAAUGAAUUGAUUUCUUUUUCUCUAUGUGCAGUAACAUAGCUUGUAAAAAUGUAAAGAUUUUUCUAAAUAUAGUUUUUGUUUACAGGUUUUUGAGAACUGGCCCAGUGUUUACAAAAUGUAAAUACUAAUUGCAGUUGCACUAAUUAAAUUGGUUGCAUCUGUUCAAAGUUAAGUUUUGACCUUUUGUUUUUAAUAAAGAUGACACAA